UGGACCGUCCGUGGGCGGCCCUCGGUUGCCCCCUGCACAGGCAGCGGAGCUUCCUCCCGUACCGGCCCGGCCCUCCCGGUGGUGGGGGAGCGGGCUCCACCCCCAGCCUCACCCACUCGCCCGUGAGGCCCUGGCCCGGGGCUUCACUUCUUGGAACCAAAGUUUCUGCAUCUACAAGAGGGGCGGCUUCCGCGAGCCGGGCCUUCUUCCCCUGGUAGCUAUGAGCAUUUGCAGGACACAGGAUGCUAUGCUGCUCUCCAUAAGUUGGUUCCCACGUCUGUCCACUGCAGCCCUUCCUGGACCUCAGGCUAUCUGGAAGCUCUGCUGUGCUCCUUGCCAAGAUGAAGUGCGUCUUGGUGGCCACGGAGGGCGCAGAGGUCCUCUUUUACUGGACAGACAAGGAGUUUGAAGACAGUCUGCAGCUGAAGUUUGGGCAGCCAGGAAAUGAUGGGGAAGCGCUUCCUGCCCUGGAGGACCAGCUCAGCACCCUCCUGGCCCCGGUCAUCAUCUCCUCCAUGACGAUGCUGGAGAAGCUCUCAGACACAUACACCUGCUUCUCCACGGAAAAUGGCCGCUACCUCUAUGUUCUUCACCUGUUUGGGGAAUGCCUGUUCAUCGCCAUCAACGGAGACCACACGGAGGGCGAGGGGGACCUGCGGCAGAAGCUGCGUGUGCUCAAGUACCUGUUCGAGUUGCACUUCGGGCUGGUCACCGUGGAUGGCCAGCUCAUCCGAAAGGAGCUGCGGCCCCCAGACCUGGCGCGGCGCGUCCAGGUCUGGGAGCGCUUCCAGAGCCUGCUGAGGACCUACGGCCGCCUGCGGGAGCAGGAGCAGUGUUUCGCUGUGGAGGCUGUGGAGCGGCUGAUUCACCCUCAGCUCUGUGAGCUGUGCAUAGAGGCGCUGGAGCGGCACGUGGUCCAGGCUGUCAACUCCAGCCCCGCCCGCGCCGGCGAGGAGGCUCUGCACGCCUUCCUGCUCGUGCACUCCAAGCUGCUGGCCUUCUACUCCAGCCACAGCGCCAGCCCCCUGCGCCCAGCUGACCUCCUCGGCCUCAUCCUCCUGGUCCAGGACCUCUGCCCCAGCGAGAGCUCAACAGAGGACAAUGGCACCGAUGACACUCAGCCUUCCCUACGGAGGCUGCAGAGCAGCCAGAACAUCCCCUUGCCGCAGGCCUGGAGCCCUCGGUCCUCCGCCCCCACCAGGAAUUCUGCAGGGACUGAGACAGACAGCUUCUCCCUCCCUGAGGAGUACUUCACCCCAGCUCCUUCCCCAGGAGAGCAGAGUUCAGGUUCAGGCAGCACCGUCUGGCUGGAUGGAGGCACCCCACCCACCGAUGCUUCCCAGAUCCAGAUUGCUGAAGACACCCUCAAAACGCUGAUCCCUGACUCCCCAGCACCUCCCUGCCCCCGAAGGAUUUUCCUGGAUGCCAGUGUGAAAGACAGCUACUGCCCCAUGGUGCCCCACACCCUGUACUGCCUGCCCCUGUGGCCGGGCAUCAGCAUGGUGCUCCUGACCAAGAGCCCCAGUGCGUCCAUGGCGCCCGUCCUGUACCAGCUGCUGGACGGGUUUUCCCUGCUGGAGAAGAAGCUGAAGGAGGGGCAGGAGGCCCGGAGCUUCCUGCGGUCCCACGCGCACAUGGGCGACCUGCGCCAGAGGAUGGACAAGUUCGUCAAGAAUCACAAGGGGCAAGAGAUUCAGAGCACCUGGCAGGAGUUCAAGACCAAGGCCUUCUCCAGAAGUGAACCCGGAUCGUCCUGGGAGCUGCUCCAGGUGUGCGGGAAGCUGAAGCAGCAGCUUUGCGUCAUCUACCGCCGGAGCUUCCUGACCACGGCUCCGGGCCAGGGGGGCCCCCAGCUGCCCCAGCACCUGCAGGACCAGGUCCAGAUGUUCAUGCAAGAAAAGCUGAUGGACUGGAAGGACUUUUUGUUAGUGAAGAGCAGGAGGAACGUCACCAUGGUGUCCUACCUGGAAGACUUCCCGGGCCUGGUGCACUUCAUCCACGUGGACCGCACGACCGGCCAGAUGGUGGCCCCUUCUCUCAGCAGCAGUGAAAGGACCUCGUCGGAGCUGGGCAAGGGGCCCCUGGCUGCCUUUAUCAGAACCAAGGUCUGGUCUCUGAUCCGGCUGGCACGCCGAUACCUGCAGAAGGGCUACACCACGCUGCUCUUCCAGGAGGGCGACUUCUACUGCUCCUACUUCCUGUGGUUCCAGAACGAGAUGGGGUACAAACUCCAGAUCAUCGAGGUGCCUGUUCUUUCCGACGACUCGGUCCCCGUGGGCGUGCUGGGCGGAGACUACUACAGGAAGCUCCUGCGCUACUACAGCAAGGGCCACCCCGCCGAGACUGUCAGGUGUCACGAGCUGCUGGCCCUCCACCUGUCGGUCAUCCCCUUAGACAUGCUGGUGCAGCAGGCGGGCGAGCUGGCCCGGCGCCUGUGGGAGGCCUCCCGCGUGCCCCUGCUGUAGGCCCGGCCGACUGCCCACUGCAGGGGCCUGUGCUCCCCGGUUCUGCACCCCCACCCCCACUUGCAGACAUUCCCGGCAAGAGCCUUUCUGUCCAAGGAGGCCACCUGAGGAUGGGAUGGUCACCAGGGCAGCCCAGGAUUUCUUUUCUUUUUUUUUCUUUGUUUUCUUAUGUUCCCUCCCAGUACAAUUUCUUGAAGAAGCUUCACCCAGUACAGCCACACUCUAGGCAGUGACCAAACCCCCAGACUCUUUGUCUUGCAGAGGACGGCAGCCAGGAGGCUCCUUCGGUCUCCACAAAACAGCAGUGGCUGUGAGGCGCAGGGCUGCCUCUCCAUCUGGCCCCAGGGGGCAGGUCCCCAGUGCCGGCCGUGUCCGAAGACACCUGCCUGUGCCUUUGUUGGAGGGAGGAAGGGCUUCCUCCGGAAGCUGUUGCCUCCCCACACGGAAGGGCCUGCACUGGCUGGGGUUGAAUUCUCUGCCACUUCCUGUCCACGGCUCUGGGCAGGUCUCCCAAACCCAGCCUGUCUCCCCACGUGCGGAGUGGCAGCGCCUCCCUUUCCAGGUGUGAGGGCCGCUGGACAUGGGACAGGGGCUCAAUAAAUGCUGGCGCAGA